CUCACUAAGGAAGUGGGGUGCGGGUGGGGGCGUGCCGAGGAGCGUAGCUGAGCUCUAGGUAAAGGGAGGAGCUUUUCGUGCCCUUCCUGCUCCAGGCCUGGCGGCGGCAGGUGUGAUCGCCAACCUCAUGGAAGCAGGGAAAAGCCCUCGAAAGUCCCCAGUCAGGAGAAAGCGGAAGCGAUCACAGCGGCUUCUCAGCCGUGCAGCUGUUCCCCUGGAGUUCUACCGCUGUGACAUCUGCAAGAAGGACAUCAAGCACCUCUCCAACUUCCAGGAGCACCAACGCAUCCACACAGGCGAGCGGCCCUACCACUGUGAGACCUGCCAGAAGAACUUCAUCCGCUGCGCUGACCUCAUUAAGCACCGUCUGGUCCACUCGGACAGUCGGCCCCACUGCUGCGAUGCCUGUGGCAAGCACUUCAAGCUGGCUGGGGACCUGUCCAAGCACAGCAAGGUCCAUUCGGAUGAAGCGCCCUUCAAGUGCGACGUGUGCUCCAAGCACUUCAAGCGCACGUCCUGUCUCAUCAAGCAUCUCCGUAUCCACACUGAGGAGAAGCCUUUCAAGUGCUCCCAGUGCAGCAAGAGGUUCAAAUGGGAAGCCUCAGUGAAGGAGCAUCAGCGCAUCCACACAGGCGAGAAGCCAUUCAAGUGUGAGCACUGCCCCAAGAGCUUCACCCACUUCUCCACCUUCCUGCAGCACAAGAGAACUCACCAGAACAAGAAGCAGUUCAGCUGCAAAUGCUGCUCCAAGUCCUUUAACCACAAAUCCAACCUACUGAAGCACCAGCGCACGGUACAUGGCUAGGAGCAGGCAAGUUUCCGGAUCCUGCUGCCAUGCAGCUCUGAUCUGUCUAACUUGCUUAGGCUGCCCCAGUCUCGGAGUCUGCCCAUACUCUGCUGGAGGCUGGAAAUGUGCUGAAACCCAGUGCAGAAGUUGGGCCUUAAGGAAGGGAAGCAGAACCUUGAGUAUGUGUGAUAAGGAGACUGGGGUUUGGAGCAGCUCAAGCACCAUGCCAGUUAUAAUGCUUUGCGUUGAAUGGGAAGCUGCAGGCAGUGGCCGUGCACAGAUGAUAUCGGUGCAGCAGUACUGGUGCAGGAGCUGCUGUCAGAUGGCUGGACUCUGGUUUACAGUCUAACCAAAGGUUCCCUUGUGAUCCUGCUUCUUAAACAUCCUUCAGGAUGGUGACACUUGCCAAUUUAAUCCAGGACAGAGAUCCUCUGUGUUCUAAGCUCAGAUCUGAGCAGAGCGCCACUAAGCGAUGCUGCCAUCUGUCCUAUGGAUGCAGUUGGUCUUUCAUACACUACAAACUGCAGCGGGUCUUUGCUUCUGCUGCCUCCGUUGAGCCCCCCCCCCCAUCCCCCUCAUCUUGGUUUCAAAGCUGUAGGAAUAUGUCUAGUGCAUCUGAGGUUUGGGUGAAGGGAAAAAGGGCUGGCAUUCCACCUCCUGGGGGUGGCUCGUUUUUGACUGGAUGCAUCCGUAUUAUCCUUGUUCCAUGCGCUCUUAAGACAGAUCCCAAACAGAAUGGUUUCCAGGAAGCAGCUGCGUAGUCUGUUUGAUGGAAAGAGUGUUCCUGUGGCCACUCAGUUCCCGUAAACACUGCCUGUAGCUGCUUUAAAUCAUGAGCCUGUCAAUGUCAUGUUUUUUUAUCAUGCACCUACCUCAAUGUGGCAGUAGCGCCUUCUGGGGGGGAAUUCUGUACCAUGUCCCUUAGAGGCUUUCGCUGUAAUCUGAUUGCCACUGUAGCUCAGUUAAGCUCAUCCACUUUACUGUGUUCUGCAAUGAUGGACAGACCUUGCAAGCAAAGAAGGUCCCCACCUCCAAGAAUCUUUAAUCUAAUGCUUUAUGCUCCAGGGGGUGGGUGCUGGACCUCUGCUUCCUGACAGAAGAAGGGCUGGGGAGCAAACCUGAGAGGGGAGGUGUGUAUGUGAACCUCUGGAGAUUGUCCCUCUUUUUCCCCCAAUACGCACAGCUCCCAAGGAGGGACGGGCUCCAGCCCAAUUACAGAGUUUAACUUGAAAGGCUUUGAGUAUUUUCCUCUGGUCACUAAUAAACAAGCUCCUAACGGUAGUUCUGCAGAACUGGGCCAGGAUGACUCAUUCUGCCCGCAAAUCAUCAGGGACGUGAGGGCCACUCUAGGGGGUUUUCAACAAAAGCAUCAAAGGAAGACAAAGGAUUGCUUGAUUCCUACCCAAAGUUAGAGCAAUGCGGGGGUCUGAGGUCAGCUGCAACGCAGCCCCUCUGUGCUAGCUUGUAAACACAGCUGUGCAUUUGGACGCCAGAGUUAGGACUUUACCAGGGAGGGAAAUGGUCCACUCUUCUAGAACCAAACACACUGCUCUGAACCAAAUUGCAUCAGUGCAGAGAUAAAGGGGCUGAGGUCAGGGAACAAAAUUCCCCCAUGGGAGCGGUGUACGCCACAACUGGAUUGCCCUUCCAGUGGUGUAGCCAUCCCUCCAUUAAUCAUGGCAGAAACAUGGGGCGUUACUUCUUUAAACCCUGAAAUUUGUAGCUUUGGUUUAAACAGUCUGCAGUCUGGCAGUGGGUUCCCAGAAGGCAGGGGACAUUUCAGCCAGAGCCAGGAUCGACAGAACACUGGUCUUUCCGCUCAGCUGCUCAGGGCACCAGUACAAUAGCCAUAGUCCUGUUCCAAAUGGAUCUCCCAGAGACUGCCCCACAACAUGCCACGGGUUGAGUGAGCUGCCCUCUGCCUGGGAGAAGUGGGUCUCGAGGGUGGAGUUGGGUGGCUGGGAAGCUUUCCUGCCACCUGUUCUUUGAAUACAGGUUUCAUUGUCCA